AUGGCAGUGCACGGGACUCGAGCUUCUGCGAAGCCUCGUGCCGAUGAUGAGUCGCUCUCCAACUCGACGCCGUCUGAUUGGAGCGCACAACAAUCUAUGGGAACGGUAGGUCAUUGGGCAGCACAAAGCUCUUUCUCCAAGCUGCCCGGUUCUUUCGUCCCAGGCACGAUCCCGGGCUGUGGUCUGAUUGCUCAUUGCUGGAAGCUUGCCGUGGCGACACAGCUCUGCCUUUUGCAGCAGCACGAGCAGCCGCAGCAGAAGCAGCAACAGCAACAGCAACAGCAGCAGCAGCGCACGCCCAUUGACACCUCUUCCGCGCCCGCAGUGCAUGGCGACAUCAUCAUUCUCGAAUAA